CAGAGUUCUAUACAUUGCUCUAUGACUAUGUUUGUCUUGUGUGCGAAUGUUCAUGCCUUGAAUCCUUGAACUGAGCUUGCAACUAAACAACGACACCAAAAUGCUCAGGUCCUUCCUCCACCAGAACCCCAAACCCAUCCACCUCCUCCACCUCCUCCGCCACCUCACCACCACCACCAAAGACGACUACUUCUCCGCCAUCCACCACAUCACCAACAUUGUCCGCCGCGACCACUUCAUGGAGCGCACCCUCAACAAGCUCCGCAUCCCUAUCGACUCCGACCUCGUCUUCCGCGUCCUCCGCGCCUCCUCCUCCUCCCCCACCGAGUCCCUCCGCUUCUUCAACUGGGCCCGCACCCACCACCCCUCCUACCACCCCACCUCCCUCGAAACCGAAGAGCUCGUCAAGACUCUCGCCCGCUCCAAAAAAUACGAGUCCAUGUGGAAAAUACUCGACUCCAUGAAAACCCACCACGCCCUGACCCUCUCCGAGUCCACCCUCUGCUUCAUCAUCCAAGAAUACGGCAAGCACGCCCUCAUCGACCAGGCCGUCGAGCUCUUCAACCGAGCUCCCAACACCUUCAACUGCCUCCAGUCCGUCCAAGUCUACAACGCCCUGCUCUUCUCUCUCUGCGAAACCAAGCUCUUCCACGGCGCUUACGCCCUGGUGAGGCGGCUGAUUAGAAAAGGAAUGGUUCCGAAUAAGAUGACGUAUUCAAUUUUAGUCAAUGCGUGGUGUUCGAAUGGGAAGAUGAAAGAAGCGCAGCUGUUCUUGGAGGAGAUGAGUGAGAAGGGGUUUAAUCCGCCGGUUCGAGGGCGUGAUCUUCUGGUGGAGGGGCUGCUCAAUGCAGGUUAUAUCGAGGGUGCCAAAGAUAUGGUUAGAAAAAUGGUGAAGGAGAAUUGUGUGCCUGAGGUUUCGACUUUUAAUGCAUUGUUGGAGGCGAUUUGUAAGAGUGGGGAGGUUGAGUUCUGCAUUGCUCUUUAUUGGGAGGCUACUGGAUUGGGGCUUUGUCCUGAUAUUAAUACUUAUAAAGUGAUGAUACCUGCUGUUUCGAAGAUUGGGAGGAUGGAUGAUGCGUUUAGGCUGUUGCAUAAUUCCAUUGAGGACGGGCACAGGCCGUUUCCGAGCUUGUAUGCCCCUAUUGUUAAGGGGAUGUGUAGGAAGGGUCAGUUUGAUGAUGCAUUUUGUUUCUUUAGUGAGAUGAAGGUCAAGGGGCAUCCACCAAAUCGGCCCGUGUACACCAUGUUGAUAACCAUGGCCGGACGUGGAGGCCGGUUUGUUGAGGCUGCGAAUUACUUGAUAGAGAUGACUGAGGUGGGGUUGGUGCCGAUUUCCCGGUGCUUUGAUUUUGUUACGGAUGGAUUGAAGAAUUGUGGGAAGCAUGAUCUGGCUAAGAGGAUUGAGCAAAUAGAAGUUUCUCUUAGGGGUACAUGACGAUGGUUCAUCUGAGUUGUUGAAUGAUGACAACUUUUUUGCUCUUGAAGGAUGAGUGUU